UAGGUAAAAGCCCAAAACCAGCACUGGGUUGACUCACCCAAGUUCCAAAGCAUUGAAAGCGGACUCCAAAUCAAAAUCAAGCAUGUAGGCCUAUGAGUAUAAGAGAAGGAUUGAGGACCCAUAUUUCUCCAAAAUCCCAUAAACCCCCAAGUUUGUCUUUGAGACGCAAAAAGGAAGGAGGAAAAGUAAUGGCUGACGACCAAGAAGAGCCACCUCUUGCUAUUCGAAUUGACCAAACGGUGGAGGAACCUUCCCAAUCUGAUCAAGAGAAACCUCAAAACGACUACGUUUCAGUUGGGGUAACAGUCAUCACUGGCUACCUCGGUGCUGGCAAAUCCACUCUUGUUAAUUAUAUAUUGAAUGCCCAACAUGGUAAAAGGAUUGCUGUGAUUUUGAAUGAGUUUGGUGAAGAGAUUGGAGUUGAAAGGGCUAUGAUAAACGAAGGAGAAAGUGGUGCCCUUGUUGAAGAAUGGGUUGAGCUAGCUAAUGGGUGUGUUUGUUGCACUGUUAAACAUAGUUUGGUUCAAGCACUGGAACAACUUGUUCAAAUGAAGAAAAAACUUGAUCAUAUACUGUUAGAGACCACAGGGUUAGCAAACCCUGCUCCUCUGGCAUCCGUUCUUUGGCUGGAUGAUCAACUGGAAUCUUCAGUCAAGCUUGAUUCUAUAGUUACUGUUGUAGAUGCCAAAAACCUGCGGUUUCAGCUAAACAGGCAUCGUGACUCUUCCUCAUUUCCUGAAGCAUUUCUUCAAAUAGCAUUUGCGGAUGUUGUAAUUCUUAAUAAGGUUGAUUUGGUUUCUCAAGAGCAAUCUGAAGGUGCUCUAGAGGAGCUGGAAAAUGAAAUACAUAGCAUAAACUCCCUUGCCAAUAUCAUUCGUUCUAUUCGAUGUGAAGUAGACUUGUCUCAGAUACUUAACCGGCAAGCAUAUGAUGCUACACAUGCCACUCAUUUAGAAGCCCUCUUAGAAGAAAGCAAAUCAUUAUCUUCCGGAGAUCUUCAUGAUAGUGGUGUGUGCACACUAUGCAUUAAUCAGACGGAGGCUGUCAAUCUUCAUAAGGUCCGUUUGUGGAUUGAGGAGAUUCUCUGGGAUAAGAAAUAUGGCAUGGAUGUAUAUCGCUGCAAAGGGGUUUUACGUGUUGGAAACUCUGAUCAACUACAUACUUUGCAGGCUGUAAGAGAGAUAUAUGAGAUCGUUCCUACUCGCCAAUGGAGAAACGAGGAAAAGCAGAUGAACCGGAUAGUUUUUAUCGGUCAUAAUCUGGAUGAAAAUAUACUCAUUGAUACCUUUAGAGGUUGUGUAUGAGAAUCAACUUGGUCUGAGUGACACUCACCAUUUGUGAAUUCAUUUUGGUAGAAUAAAAAAUACCAAAUCUACUGUUGUGAACAAUUUUUUAUUGAUGUGAUGUAAGAAUAAACAUUUUAGGUAGGAGUAUAACCUACAUUUCAAACUGUUUAAUGUGUUUUGAUAUUUAAUUGUAUCAUCUGCAUGUUUCACUCACUUUAUUAUUGAAUAAGAUAAAGAUAUUCAUACA